UAGCUAGUCAGUUAGCCAAGUGUCAAGACUGAUCCAGCUGACUGCACUGAACAUCACAUAAUACGACUGUACGAGACACAUCUGAUCCGACUCAGAAGAAAAGAAAUGUCGAUUAAACUCGUGUCAUGGUAAUUUAAACACUUCGGUCGGUUUGGAGCGGUUGCUGUUAUUACGCGGCUAGCUGGUUAGCUGACUUUAUCAGCCGUUGUGUACACCUUAACAACUGCCUAUUUGUUCUGAUCGGGCUGUGUUGGAGAAAUGGGUUCAAUUCUUAGUCGAAGAAUCGCUGGUGUUGAGGACAUCGACAUCCAGGCUAAUUCUGCCUACAGAUAUCCUCCAAAAUCAGGAAACUAUUUUGCCAGCCACUUUUUCAUGGGAGGAGAGAAGUUUGACACCCCUCAUCCAGAGGGUUACCUUUUCGGGGAGAACAUGGAUCUCAACUUUCUUGGUAACCGUCCAGUGCAGUUUCCCUAUGUUACUCCAGCACCCCAUGAGCCAGUCAAGACUUUGAGAAGUCUUGUCAACAUCAGAAAAGACUCAUUACGAUUGGUCAGGUAUAAAGAUGAUACUGAUACUCCUACUGAUGAAGGAGUAAAACCAAGGGCCUUAUAUGGAGUGGAGUUCACCUUUGACUCGGAUGCACGAGUGGCCAUCACCAUCUACUGCCAGGCUUUUGAGGAGUUUUCCAAUGGGAUGGCAAUAUACAGCCCCAAAACCCCUGCGUUGGUCUCUGAAACUGUAUAUUACAAAAGAGGGGUUAGCCAGCAGUUUACCCUGCCAGCCUUCAAGAUUGAUUUAUCUGAAUGGAAGGAAGAAGAUCUCAACUUUGAUUUGGACAGAGGUGUUUUCCCCAUGGUGAUUCAGGCUGUGGUUGAUGAAGGAGAUGAUUGUUUGGGACAUGCACAUGUACUGCUGGCAGCAUUCGAAAGACAUGUUGAUGGCAGUUUCUCAGUGAAACCUUUGAAGCAGAAACAAAUAGUGGAUCGCGUUAGUUACUUGUUACAGGAGAUUUAUGGAAUUGAGAACAAGAACAAUCAAGAGACAAAGCCAUCUGAUGAUGAAAACAGUGACAACAGCAAUGAGUGUGUGGUGUGUCUGUCAGAUUUGCGGGACACUCUGAUUCUGCCCUGCAGGCACUUGUGUCUGUGUAACUCCUGCGCUGAUACUCUACGCUACCAGGCCAACAAUUGCCCGAUCUGCCGACUACCGUUUCGAGCUCUUCUUCAGAUCCGAGCUGUAAGAAAGAAGCCUGGAGCGCUCUCUCCUGUUUCCUUCAGCCCAGUGCUGGCGCAGAGCAUGGACCACGAUGAGCACUCCAGCUCAGACUCCGUUCCCCCUGGCUAUGAGCCCAUCUCCCUGCUGGAGGCUUUGAAUGGUCUUGGUGGCGGGUCCCCCGGCAUUCCUUCUGCGCCUCUGUAUGACGAGAUCAACUUCUCUGGGAGCCUGAGUGGAGAGAGCCGGCAGCUCAGUUCACCUGACCACUCUGGAGAUAGUGGCGGACAGAAGAGCAAAGUCAGCAAGUCACCAGACAGCACUCUACGCUCCCCAUCAUCCCCGAUUCAGGAGGAGGAUGAAGAAAAACUGUCUGAGAUGUCUGAUGCUCAAGCUCACAUGCUGCUGUCCAGCAGUCCCGCGCCCACUGAGGGUACGGUUGGCGAGGACGCCCCCGAUUCACUGUCUCCUGAAGAUGAGGAUGGACUGAAUUUGGAGGAAGAGGCCAUGAAUGACUGUAGCAGCGAGCACAGCAGCUUUACCAAAACUGAUAGUGACCCACCUGGAGACCUGUCCCUCCCUGGAUUGUCUGGCUCGACUGAAAGUCUGAACACUCAGAGUACCUGCUGCUCCAGCCAGCCGCUCCUCGGUCCCUCAAGCCAUUUUCACAUGGACGAUGAAGAACUGGAUUUUUAACCAUGCAGGUCCAUCUCCUCUGCAGUCUA